UUUCUUUGUCUGACAGACUGAGCCCGUGCUCUAAUCUGGGUUAUCUGGCUUUAAUCAGCUUAGCCCACUGCGACUCUCACUGCUGCUUGGUGGGCACUUUCUGCUGUUUUAGCCUUGUUCUGUCUUUGCUGCCAUUCACACAGACACCUGUUGAAGCGUCUCCAGAGCUCCAACAGAUUUGCAGGGAAGUUCAGUUUGCAGGUAGAAGAACUUGGAGAAGCAAAAGGUCAAGAGAGCUGUAGCCAUGGCUGAACAUCAAGACAUGGGUUCGAGUGAAGGGGCGCCUGCUGCAGACACGUACCCCAGAAAAAUACUGGAGUAUAUGGAAGGCUUCCUCAUCUCCAAGACGGUGUUCACGUCCUGCGAGCUGGGUGUGUUCGAUGUGUUGUUGGGUGCAGGGCGCCCUCUGUCUGCGGAGGAGAUCAGUCGGGCGGUGGGUGCCAGUCUGGACGGCACAGAGAGGCUGCUGGCUGCCUGCACCGGUCUGCAGCUGCUCAGCACACACCAGGACAACGGACAAGUGUUGUACAGUAACACAGAGCAGGCCAGUGUCUACCUCACCCGCUCCAGCCCUGUGUCUCUCUACCAGUCCAUCCAGUACAGCUCCAGAACCAUCUACCUCUGCUGGCACUAUCUGACUGACGCUGUCAGAGAGGGUAAAAACCAGUAUGAAAAGGCUUUUGGAGUCAGCUCUCAAGACCUGUUUCAAGCCCUCUACAGGUCGGAUGAGGAAAUGGUGAAGUUUAUGCACUUGAUGAACUCUAUUUGGAACAUCUGUGGUAAAGACGUGGUCACGGCCUUUGACCUUUCGCCUUUCAAGGUCAUCUGUGACCUUGGAGGCUGCAGUGGAGCAUUAGCUAAGCAGUGCACGUCAGCCUACCCAGAAUGCACUGUGACGAUCUUUGACCUCCCCAAGGUGGUGCAUGUGUCGAGGGAACACUUUGUCAGUGAGGCUGACCAGAGGAUAAGCUUCCACGAGGGGGACUUCUUCAAAGACCAUCUGCCAGAGGCUGACCUCUAUAUUCUUGCCAGAAUCCUCCACGACUGGACAGAUGAACGCUGCAUAGAGCUUCUCCGUAGAAUCUAUAAAGCCUGCAAACCAGGAGGCGCUGUGUUGCUGGUGGAGGCGCUGCUCAGAGAGGACGGUUCUGGCCCGCUGACAGUACAGCUCUACUCUCUGAACAUGCUGGUGCAGACGGAGGGCAGAGAGAGGACAGAUGUUCAGUACGCUGCCCUGCUGGCUGCUGCUGGAUUCACCAACAUCCAGCACUGCCUCACUGGGAAGACCUAUGACGCUGUGCUGGGCCACAAAGAAACAUGAGCGAUAAGGAGAAAUACACAGGGUUACCACAUGCACAUUACUGAAGACUCACGCCACUUAGAUCAAAUGUCAUGCUUCUGCUGUGCUUUCAUUUCCUAAUAUCAUCUUAAGUUUCUUGAAGUUGAAAAACACACUAAAUCACACUAAAUCAAUGUGAUCUAUGAAAUAUUUAAAACAAAAUCCACUCUGGAUGUUCACAUUUGGAUACUAUAAUUGUGGAUUUUUUUUCCAAAACUUUACAUUUCUUUGAAAUAAGCAAAAUUGGUAACAAAAGCAAAACUGAUCUGGUCAGUCCGCCUGGUGCUGUUCAUGGUAUUGUCACAGAAACUGGAAAGCACCAAAAACGCUAAGUUAAAAUGACACUCACAGCCUGUUUUUUUCCCCCCAAGUUGUAUUCUAGUCUUUUAGUCACAGAAUCAAGGGACGAAUGCAUAAAAUUGUAAUUGUGGAUGGCAACGUUUUCCACUCCUGACAAAGCUGCACCUACAGGCUGCCAUUCUGAAUCAUCUUCUCACCUACCACACUGCCUUCACAAAUCAUUGGAUUGAUGUAGAAAUAUCUGAUUGAGUAGACCUCCUUUGAUCCUUCACAUCAAAACCAAUAAUCGCGCUGCUCUAUUAGUGUUCAAGAGACAGAGAAAAUAAGAGUAAAAAUACACUGAUACUCAAAACUCUUGCCUGCAUAUGAAAAUCUGUAUGAUUUAGCCUCUUAGUUGAUGUUAAUUUUUAAAGAUGGCUUAGCAAUCAGUUUGAUUACUAGAUGACAAUAUAGCCAUGGAUAACAAAACUAUAGUGCAUUGUCUAUUGAUCUUCAUUUCAGUGUAUAAUCUUAAUAGUAGUAUAUAUUACAUCCAGUAAUUCUCUCCUGUUGACCUCCCAAAAAUUUGUGACAAUCUAUGAUGUGACCUGACACACUUCGCCUCUAAACUACUAGGGAAUGUCAAGGUCAGUCCACACCUCCGCUGUUCACCCCGACGUAUAAAUACAACUGUCAGCAAUGUAGAUAGACUGAAAGCAUGUUGAGAACAUGCGACUAAGAGAAACAGUAGGAAUGUAACCUUACACCAAGUUCAGAAUUUGAUAAGAAUCUUAGUUUUUGUAAGAGUUCUGCUUUUUUAAAAGUUCAACAGAGAAAUGUUGAUGACGAAUGUUUAUUUCCCCCAUUUAUCUGAAGAAAAAAAGCAUUUUAUAUAUAUGCACUACCAUUCAAAAGUAUGGGGUCACCCAGGCAUUUUCAUGUUUUCCAUGAAAACUCACACUUUUAUUCAUGCACUAACAUAAUUGCACAAGGGUUUUCUAAUCAUCAAUUAGCCUUUCAACAUCAUUAGCUAACACAAUGUAGCAUUAGAACACAGGAGUGAUGGUUGCUGGAAAUGGGCCUCUGUACCCCUAUGUAGAUAUUCUAUUAACAAUCAGUCAUUUCCAGCUAGAAUAGUCAUUUGCCACAUUAAUAAUGCGUAGACUGUAUUUCUGAUUCAUUUAGUGUUAUCUUCAUUGGAGAAAAAAAAGGUUUUCUUUCAAAAAUAAGGGCAUUGCUAAAAAUGUGCAAACAAUAAAAUACCAAAACAUGCAUAUUUUAGAAAUAAUUUCGUACCUCAGCUUGUUCCAAAUCCAUAUAAUAAAGUAUGUCUAAGCCCAGUUCAGUCUGACUCUGUUGUAAAAGAUUAGCUGUACACAGCAAAGGUCAUCCUCUAUUAGAUGGCAUACAGUGUGAGCUUCCAGUCUCAUAGCUAAGAAGAUGAACUUCUUUGCAUAUCUGUACUCAUCUUUCAAUCCAAAGCCUGUGUCUGAACCCUUCGAUUUUUUCCUGUUCUUAACGGCCUCGUAAAGCUGUCUUUGUGCUCUGUUCUUUUAAUGAUGGACGUGGCUCAAUAAAUCUUCUCCACAAUCACUUGGACCAUCUUUAAUUUCUCUGUCAUCAUCCUCUGUGCAACGCUUGUAUUCAAAAUGCAGAUAUCAGUCUUUUAUUAGAAGCUCAGCCUGUCAUUGGGCUCCACCUCUGAUGUGACGCAGCCUGCUUGAAAAUAUUGAACUGCACUGGAUGUCAGUGGAAGAAACUCUCAAUGUGACAGAUAAAUUGGAUUCCACACAAUUUUUUGUGAAUAUAAUUUAUGCUCACUUGUAUUUCUACCUAACUGUCAUUUAUUUUGCAUAAAAGUGGCCACGCCAAAGAUAAUUUCACACAGUAUCAGUUGCUGGCUUCUUUAGUGGAAAAGAUUAUUAUCAGCCUUCAGAAACCAAUAUUGUUUGAAGCCUGCUCUGCAUUCUAAUGACUUCGCUACAACUAUUCACUUUUCUGUAUCUUUUCUACACACCCACUCAUUCUCACUGCCCUCUGUAUCCUCGUCUCUCUUUCCUUUUUCUCCCAGUAAUUGUGAAUUAAUCAGACUUCAAAGUACAACAAAUUAGAAUUGAUGUCAAAUCCUUGUGGACAGCUUUGCAGAGAGUCGGCCUAAUGAAGGGAAAUGAAGUUCUGCGGCUGAAGAUAUCUUGACCUGUGUGGAGAGUGUGGUAGUGUCCAGGGAUGCAUGCAGCAUUACAUGGUGCAGAUUUAGGAAGCAGCAUAUGGUAGCACUACUGCUUCACUGAAGGUUGUAAAUAAUAUCGUAACAGUGCCUGAAAAAAGCAGAGUCAUGCAGCCAUGUUUAUUGAUUUGCCUUUGACCCUGUACCUUGCUAAGGCGAAAGUUACGUGAUAAAGGGUUGUCUAAUUGCAUAGAAUUCACACCCUGUGUCUUGAUAGGGCUUCUUUAAACUGGCUGUUGUUGCUAGCUUACAUCCUUUCUUCAUAAAAUAAUGUAGGUGUUAAUGCAGAGGAAACACAUACUCAUUGUUAUGUUGAUGAUACUAUCUUUUACACAGAAGUGAGCAUGCCCAUGUGCAAUAUCACCUAAAUGUCGAAUGAUUAAAAAUUGUAUCACCCUCAAUAACUUCACAGUUUCUAAGUUGACAAGUACAGUAAUUCAUUCUGCAAACAAUGAACAAACAAAUACUUUAGAAAGGCUAUGCUGAAAAUAGAGGCCCCAGAGAUGAAAUUCAAUGCAACAAAACUGAGCACAACUGUGAUUUUGAACCUAUGUGUUGUGUCUAUCUGCCUGUCUGCAUUAUGGCUCCACAUUGAAAGGACUUGUCAGAGGAAUAUCAAAAUGUGUCUAAGACUUUAAAAAAUAUGUGAAAGGAUAAAGUCAAAACACAUUUGCAGCAGUAAUCUGGAGAUACAGAGUGAGUCACAGCGGUUGUUCUCCUAAAAUGACGCCACAGACACUGUCCUACAUCCAUGAUCUUGCUCUGAUAAACAGAUGAGAAAGCUCUUCAGACUCAGCACAGGGGUUAUUAUUGGAAAUCAGAGUUUCAGGGACAGCUCAGACAAUGCGAAGGACAGUGCAUAACAUCAACCGUUAUGAACGCUGACUAAGAAAAACACCCUUGCUUGAAGUUGAGUUGUAAGACAAACCUUUGCUAAGCAACAUGAGAAGAGUCCUGAUGAAUAUCGAGCAUGUUCUUUGCUCAGAUGAGACCAAGGUAGAUUUGUUUAGCUUAGAUUAGGUCCAGCAUUUUUGGUGUGAAAAUAACUAGGACUACCACAGUGAAUGCAUAUUCCUGACAGUGAUGCACAGAGGUGGGAGAGUGAUGAUAUCUGGCUGUAAGAGCAACACAACCCCCCACCAACCCCUUUUCUCCAGAAAUUAGUUUUCUAUGUUGCAAAGUUUGUAUGUGCAUUAAGGUGCACAUAUAAAGUAUUGGAAAAUAAAAGAUUUGAAUCUCAGUAAUUAGAAUAAACUUGUAUACUUCUAAGUGUUCUUACUUUUGGAGCACAGAGUUUAUGUGAAACCUGCAUUUUUAAUAAAGUAAAUCCAAGCAGUUUUUCAUUUCACAUUUGGGCAGAAGUACACAACUUUUUAAUUUAGCUGUUACAAUCUUGAAUCAUUUGACAGGGUUUUGCUCAGUCCUGUUGCAUAGUGGAGCUGUGCCCCAUAAAGCACCUCAUAAGCUACAGUCUUCCUUUAAUAUUUUACAGUUUCAGCCCAUUAGGAAUGUGCUGAAUGCAGACAAAACCAAGUUAAUGUUGUUUUCUUAUGCAAGGGGAAAAAACAGAAAUGGAUCAUUUAUUCCAUGAAGAAAAUAGAAUAAAUGAUAUAAAUAUCUCUCUCAA